GCCGGACCGGCACUUAUGGCAGCGCUGCGGGGUUUCCUAAGGUGGCGUCGCUGCCGCCUCCCCAACGGCAACGGCGGCGACUCGGAGCUGCCUCACCGAAGGCGGCUGUGGGGUGUCAGGGCCCGGCCGCCGGGCAGCAGCGCCGCGCCGCUGAGCAGCUUGGGCGCGGCGGCGGCGGCGGGCGCUACCGGCGGGGCGCUCGCCUGGUUCGUCUGCCAGCGCUUCUACGAGCGUCGGCCGUCGCCUCAGCAGCGGCAGAAGGGACGAAGCGGCGAGGCCAGCCAGGCCCGCGCGCUGCUGCCCAUCCCUGUCGCGGCCGCUGCCAAGGAUACGACGGGCACAGAAAGCAGACCAGAUCUUCAAGAGUUGGAUCUUUAUGCAACUUCCCGGGAGCAGCGAUUUCGCAUGUUUGCCAGUUUAGAAUUUGAAGGGCAGCUUUUUAUGACACCAUAUGACUUCAUUCAGUCUGUUUCAAAUGAUGAACCAAAGAGGACAAGAAAAUGGAAGUCUCUUUCAAAACAGGAAUUGAAUCAAAUACUUGUAGAAACUCCACCAGUUUGGAAAGGGUCAUCAAAACUCUUUCGUAACCUCCAAGAGAAAGGUGUGAUUUCUUAUACAGAAUAUCUGUUUCUGUUAUGUAUCUUAACAAAGCCACAUGCUGGUUUUAGAAUAGCUUUCAACAUGUUUGAUACAGAUGGAAAUGAGAUGGUGGACAAAAAAGAGUUUUUGGUGCUGCAAGACAUAUUCAGAAAGAAAAAUGAAAAGAAAGAAAGAAGAGGAGAUGUAGAUAAACGUGCUAUGCUGCAACUCCAGCUUUAUGGAUACCACAGUUCUACUAAUGCUGUGCUAAAAUCAGAAGGAGAGGACCUGGUUCCAAGAAGCUACUGGGAUACUCUGAGACGUAGCACAAGCCAGGCACUCUUUUCGGACCUUGCAGAGCGUGCAGAUGACAUCACUGGUUUACUAUCCGAUACUACACUGCUGGUACACUUUUUUGGUAAGAAAGGAAAGGCUGAGCUUAACUUUGAAGAUUUUUAUAGGUUUAUGGAUAAUCUCCAAACUGAAGUUCUUGAAAUAGAAUUUCUUUCAUACUCUAAUGGAAUGACUACCAUCAGUGAGGAAGACUUUGCUCAUAUACUUUUAAGAUAUACAAAUGUGGAAAAUACAUCAAGCUAUCUGGAAAACGUACGCUGCAGCAUGCCAGAAGAGCAAGGCAUUACAUUUGAUGAAUUCAGAUCAUUUUUCCAGUUUUUGAAUAAUCUAGAAGACUUCGCAAUUGCAAUGCAGAUGUAUAAUUUUGCAAACCGUUCCAUAGGAAAAGAUGAAUUCAAGCGUGCAGUAUAUGUAGCUACAGGUUUGAAGCUUUCAAUGCAUUUAGUGAGCACUGUCUUCAAGAUCUUUGAUGUAGACAAAGAUGAUCAGCUCAGCUACAAAGAAUUUAUUGGUAUUAUGAAAGAUCGAUUGCAACGAGGGUUCAAGGGCUACAAAACCCUACAAAAAUACACCACUUUCAAAUCCUGUGUGAAGAAGGAACUCAAUAGCAGAUAAACUAUG